AUGGUUGAAUCAUUGUGUUGCAAUGUCGGAGUCCCAUUUGAGUUGGAAUUCCAUGCGUUCAAUCUCUCAUCAGUCCUCUUGAGGUGCGAGCAUCACCACCCUUCUGAAGGGGUGCAAGAGAAGUGGACAACUGGAGCAAGUUCACGCUUCAAUCAUCCACCGAGGCCUCGAGCAAGACCACUUCCUCAUCUCCCUCUUCAUUCCACUCUCCCACACCCUUUCCACUCUCUCCUAUUCCUCCUCCGUCUUCCUCCGCGUCCUCACCCCUUCCACCUUCCUCUGGAACACUCUCAUCAAAUCCCAUUGCCAAAACAACUUCUUUUCCCACACCCUCUCCGCCUUCUCAUACUGGUUAGCUUGAUGUCGGCUUCGGCGCAAUUAGGACAUUUAGAACUUGCUCAAUGGGUUGAUUCUUUCGUAAUCAAAAGCUGUAUUGAUCUUCAGCAGGACCAUGUAAUUGCCGCUUCUGGAUAUGAAUGCAAAGUGUGGAAACAUGGAGAGAGCGUUGAAAUUGUUUGA